AUGGACUGUGAGAGACAUCCAAGGAUUCAGACAGCUAUGCGUGCCGAAACCCCGAUUCUGAAGUGGCGCUGGCCGAUUCUGAUCCCGAGAAUGCCCGAGGGUUAUCCAGGGUGUAAAAUCUGUCGUGGGCAUUUCAGCGAAGGUUCAUUUCAUUCGCAUCAAAUCCCAUUGAUCAAGGUGAACUCUGAUAAAGACGAGCUAGACAUCAUGCAGAAGUGGCUUAGACUACAACCCCAUUGA